ACAUGAACCGGUCCGCGCGCUCACGUUGUGGGGGCCCAGCUACCGCUUGGGGACAGAAGGACGGUCCAGACAAGGCCAGUUUGGCAGCUGCUCUCAUAAAGCUCGAUCCAGAGGAUGGCGAGCAGAUCGUGGAGUAUUUCAAGACUCACGCCCUGCUGACGAGAGAGAAAGCAUUGCUGCAAGCAUCAGUCAGAGAUCAGAAGAAGCUGCUGGUGGAAAACGGCAAACUGAAGAAAGACAUCGAGCAACUGAGAGCUCAGCUGCAAGAAAAACAGAGGAGACGCACCGUCAGGGCUUUGCACUCUCCUCCAACACCUGGCCCCGCCCCAAUGACACCUGCCAAUCAAUCUCCCUCCCCCGCUGGAGCAACAGCCGCUCUCCCAGCAAAUCCUCCUCCCCCCUCCUCACGUGACCAGAGAGAGAGACAGAGCAGGAGGAGGAGAGGUGAGAGGAAAGCUCAUCCCACCUCUGACUCUCUCUCACUGGGGGCGGAGCCUCGGGUUGACGUGUCCCGACUGGACCUUCGGGUUGGACGGAUUCUCAGUGUCCGCCGCCACCCGCUGGCCGAGGCGCUGUCUGUCCAGGAGGUGGAUAUGGGGGAGGACACCCCCCGGAAGGUCGUCAGCAAGCUGGGAGGGAAAAUAGGUCUUGAGGAGCUCCAGGGCAGCCUAGCUGUGUUGCUAUGCAACGUCAAAGCCUGUAAGAUGAGGGGCGUGGUCUCUCAGGCUCGCCUCCUCUGUUGCACCACCACUGAUGAUGUCACAGAGCCGCUGGUCCCGCCCACAGGCUCCACCCCUGGCGAUAGAGUUACCUUCCUCAACUACCCUGGUGACCCGGACAGAGAACUGCAGUCCAAGCAGAGGGUUUGGGAGCUUCUUCAGCCCGACCUGCAGGUCGACUGCAGGGGCGUAGCCAACUACAAAGGCUGCAGGUUUGAGGUGAAGGGAAAGGGACUGUGCAGGGCCCCGUCCGUCACCAACUGCAUCAUCAGAUAGACGCAGCAAUGGGCCCCAUCAUACAGGACCAGACAUGGUGAAGACAUGAUGUGCACCAGAAUACUUUGAUUGUGAAAACCUGUUCUGCUGUUGCUAGGCAACCACAAAUAACAGCUGCUGACCUUGCCAGUUAGUAACUAGCGCUGUUAGCUUACAAAAGAAGAGGAUAUUAAUUUAA